ACAAAUGGGCGCGGUGAUCGAGCUGACAAUCAGCUCAGAACCGGUGACUUGUGCUCGCUGUUCCAUCGUCAAGGUAAUUCUACUGGUAGCCCUCUGCGUGGGUGUUAACUCGAGCCGAAGCGAAAACGAGGAUGUUGCCGCCGAAGCUGGAGCCGAUCUCGGUCAAGACAACACCGAUGCCGGUUCAAUCACCGACGAAAGCUCCGGGUCUUCAUCCCUGAAACCGACCAAACGAGGCGUCUACUAUCCGGGACCAGCACUCGGGACUCACGGAGGUCACGGCGUUCACAGACACGGAGGAUACUCGGGAUACGGUGGCGGUUACGGAUAUGGUGGCGGCUACGGAUACGGUGGAUACGGUGGCUACGGCGACGGAUCGUUCUACACGGUUCCUCAACCUGUCGCAGUCCCCGUUCCCGUUCCCAUAACGAGACACGUCCCGGUCGCAAAGCCGGUCCCGGUCCCGGUUCCCGUCCCGGUUGUGGUCCACCGCCACGUCCCUUUCCCGGUGACCGUGAACCGGCCGGUUCCCGUUCCAGUCCCGGUUCCACAUCCGGUGGCCAUCCCGGUCCCAGUUCACUACGCCCCGUUUUACGGCGGCGAUUUUGGAGCUGGAUACGCGCCUGGAUAUGGCGGUGGAGCAGCCGGCUAUGGUCACGGUUUUGGGAGUCCAGGGUUCGGCCAUGGCUACGGAUACGGUGGCUACGGGGGACACGGUCACCACCAUCAUCACCACUUCAAGGGCCACCAUCAUCAUCACUAGAUGUUCGGUCAAACCAGACCAAGGUGCGAUGGAUAUUAAGCUAACCAGGAUCGUAAGCUGUAUGAUAACAUAAGUAAUCAUUCGGUAGGUUUGGAUGUUUCAACCUAGCUUCAUCUUCGUGAUGAAUAUCGCGUAAUAGGUGUCUACGUAACUUUCUUGUCAUUGUACGAAUAACCGUACCUUGGACGUUUUAUCUAUCGUAUAAUAUCGUUUAUAUCUGUAUAAGUGUUACCGAUGCGUUGUAGAGGUGUUUAUUACAUGUAUACCAAAUCGAAUUCAUCGUUUAUUGUAAUAUUGUAGGUGUUGUACAGUACGAUUAAAUUGGA